AAUUUGAGUCAAAGGAUGUGUCUGGUAGACAGAAGCACAAACAGGAAUUCUACAGAGGUUCAACCUGUCCUAGGAGUAUUCUUGGGAACCAUCUCACUGAUUACAGUGGUUAUGAAUAUUUUGGUCCUAUAUGCAGUGAAAACAGAAAAGAAACUACAGACAGUUGGGAAUCUUUAUAUUGUCAGUCUUUCAUGUGCAGAUGUGAUAGUUGGUGCAGCUGUGAUGCCACUAAACAUUGUAUACUUGUUGAAGGAUAAGUGGAUUUUGACUAGAAAAGCUUGCCUGUUUUGGCUUUCAAUGGAUUAUGUAGCCAGCACAGCUUCUAUAUUCAGCCUUUUCAUACUCUGUGUAGAUCGCUACCGUUCAGUCCAACAGCCUUUAAAAUAUCUCAAGUACAGAACCAAAACUAGAGCCUCAGUCAUGAUUUCAACAGCUUGGCUGCUGUCCUUCCUGUGGGUGAUUCCCAUACUUGGCUGGCGAAAAUUCACAGAUCACAGUAAUAUGACAAUUCAUAACAGAACUUACAAUGAAAAUGUAUGUGAAACAGAUUUUUGUAGAACCACAUGGUUUAAAGUCUUGACAGCCACAAUCAACUUCUAUGUGCCGUCGUUGCUGAUGCUGUGGUUCUAUGCAAACAUUUACAGGGCUGUCUGUAAGCAUUUUCAGCAUCGGCAGCUCAUAAAUGGAUCAUACAGAGGUAACUCUAACAACAUGAGUGUGCAUGAUGGAAAGAUUCAGGAAAUGCAAAAGAUUUGUUCCCAAAGCUCCAAUAAAGACAGAGGAUUUUCUUUCAGUGCAAAUGAGCAAAACAAAAUGAGGGAAGCUAACCUUCCAUUAAGCAGCUUUGUUAAAAUCUCGAAGGAUUUUCCUAAAGGAAGUGACCAUGAAGUAAUAAAGCUUAGCUGUUUCCCUCUAGCUAUAAUGCAGAAAGAUUUUGAGUUAGGCAAUACAAAGGAAAAAUAUGCCUGUGUCAGUAACAGUACUGAAAAUAUAAAAAACCCUAUCUCCCAGUUAGGCAAAAUAUCACAUAGGCAGAGUUUUGCAGGAGGAUCAUUGCCUACAAUUCACUCAGAUCCAUCCCUAGAGCAACGUUCUUAUACUGAGCAACAUUUUCCUCAGACAUACUCUAACAGAAGAGAUCCUCUCAGUCUCUGUUACCUGAAAGAGACUUGGGGAAACCUACGUACUCAGUCUGUUUUCCGGAGUCAAAAGCUGCACAUGAACAGGGACAGAAAGGCUGCCAAACAGUUAGGUGUCAUAAUGGCGGUUUUUAUGCUAUGUUGGAUACCAUAUUUUGUAUUGUUUAUGGUCAUGGCCUUUUGUGAAAUAUGUUACAACCGUCCUUUUCACAUGUUUACGAUUUGGCUUGGCUAUGUGAAUUCUACAUUAAACCCAUUUAUAUACCCACUCUGUAAUGAAAACUUCAAAAAGGCUUUCAAAAAGAUAUUUCAUAUUAAAACUUAACUUAUUGCAGAAAAAUAUAUAUAUUGGGGACAGAUCAGCAGGUUUAUGUUGGAAGGAAGAAAUCUGUGUUAUUUAAAUCUUGUAAAAAAAAAGUAAACAAUGGUUUAUGUGUCUUAAAAGAGCUUUUUUUCCUGUUUCUAGUGGUUUGUGGUCUUUUUAACAGUAGAUUUUAUAGUUUAAAAGAAAUUUGAGCUAAAAUGAAAUAUAUUACUAUUUAACAUGUUUUUUAAAUGCUAACUUUUAUAUCUGAUCAUUCUAAUCAGUGUUUAAUUUACCACAGCCACUUUUUCAAAUGUGUAUAUAUAUUGUGUUAUAGUAGUCUUUGUGUUCCUGAAACUUCAGGGGUUUCAAAAGAGCAUUUAUUUCUAAUUUGACUUUUCUCCAGAAAAACAAUUCACCAUAAAUUUAAACUGUUUAAUAAUAUUUUGGUUUUAUUUACCAACAGCUUGGAAACUGAUAGCAGACAUCCUAGUGUCAGGAAAUUCAUUGUCCCUUUGUUAUCAAAGAGAGGCAAUCUUGUUCAUGUAUAUUUUCAGUUCAGCUCUGAUUUAUGGUAAAGACAAAAUCUCAUUCCGGCUCCACU